UCCCAUUGACUCCCAUGUUAAAACCUCUUGAAAUGUGAACUACUGCUUAUCUGAAAACUUUUGUUUGUCUCAGAGGUGUUUAAACUACACAGGUUUUAUUGUAUAUACAGGUUUUUAUGUAUAUACAGGUAUGUAGAAGUAAGUAGGACAACAACAAGAAUGUCUUCAAGUCCAUCGAAAUCCAAUGUUGUAUCUAAAUCAACCCAUAAAAGACAAAUUGCUAAAAAGACCAAAACUGUUUAUGUGUCCAAGCUACACUGUAAGCCAGUAGGGCCAAAUGAAGACCUUGUCAAAGGACAAGACUUUGAAAAACAUCUGAGUCAGUACUAUUACCAGGUAGAAGGGCCUAAUAGUAGUAUGAGAUGUGGACCAACAGGAUUCCACAAUGGCUGUGAUAAGACCCUACAUAAAGGACCCAAUAGAACUUUACAUAAAGGGCCCAACAAAGAAAAUGUUAAAGGUCCUAUGCAUCAAAUUAAAUCAAAUCAAAUGCAUCACAUUAAAGGAAAACUUCUUCAUACAACAGCAAUGUAAAAUGGACUUAUUCAAAUCACCUUAGAAGGCAAACAGUAUAACAAACAGUAUAACUGUAAAAUUCUAAAUACUGUAGUAUACAAUAAUACACAAACACUGGGAAACUGCUCAUGGCUCUUGGCAUUUAAGACAAAAAUUCUUGAAACAAGAAUGUGGCUUGCAAUAACUUAUUUAAAUACUUAAACACAAGCAUUAAAAAUAAUUUCAUUUCCAAUACUUUCAUUAUGCUCCUUUAAAAGAAGGCUUCAUCUGUACUCUGAGUAAGAGAUAAAAGAGUCAAUAAGAAUACACUUAAUGGUGUUGUUUUAAUAGUAUCUAUCAUGUAUGAAAUGUA